AUGUUGGUCAGAAGCCACCUCGACAUGAAGGCCGAAGCCUUGCAGCCUCACCUUAACACAACAAUCCAGGCUUGGUACCGGGUGCAGAACUUAGUCAAAUACGGGGAAAUUGAGAUUGAUGGCAAUAGGCUAGAUAUACCCGGCGUGGUAGCAGUGGCCUGUCAUAAUUGCAUACCCAAGAUCACCGAGGACCCAGCUGUCUUAGAGAACAUUGAUGCCAGUAUAAGGUUACUAAAAGACCGCCUCAAUCAAGGCUAUAGCGUCUAUGGAGUCAAUACCGGUUUCGGUGGGAGCGCAGACUCAAGGACAGACAAAAUGACCGCUCUUCAAUCUGCACUGUUGCAGCUGACGCAGGCCGGCGUCCUCUUAGAGUCAGAUAAAAGUGGCAACCAAAACAAGCUGCUGGAGUCACACGCCAUGCCUGCUUCUUGGGUCCGGGGUACAAUGCUGGCCCGUUGCAACUCAAAUCUCCGUGGACAUUCCGCCGUCAAACUUUCUAUACUGCAAUCGAUUGUUAAACUGCUACAGCAUCGGAUCACUCCAAUUGUUCCUCUCCGAGGCUCUAUAUCUGCGUCGGGAGAUUUGAUGCCGUUAUCAUACAUUGCGGGAGCGAUAGAGGGGAACCCAGACGUGUACGUUCAAGUUGACGGCCUCGACAUGCCUCGGAUCAUGAAGUCUAUCGAAGGGCUACAGUACGCGGGCUUGGAAGCUCAGAAGCUCGGCCCGAAAGAAGGGCUAGGUCUGAUAAAUGGAACUUCAACGUCGGCAGCAGUGGCUAGUUUAGUACUGUAUGAAACCAAUCAGUUGUCUGUACUCGUGCAAGCGCUAUCAGCGAUGGGCCUUGAAGCCCUCACGGGCACAGCAGAAAGCUACCACCCUUUUAUUUCGGCUGUCCGGCCUCACGAUGGGCAGGUUGAGUGCGCAAAUAACUUACUUUCCUUGCUCCGAGGCUCAAAGCUGGUACAGGGUCUAGAUGGCCAGAAGUUUCAGGACCGCCCAGGCCUCAUUCAGGACCGGUACGCCCUACGCUGUGUACCCCAGUGGGUCGGGCCUCAGCUGGAAGAUCUCCUUCUCGCCCAUCGACAAGUUACCACUGAGCUCAAUUCGACAUGCGACAAUCCGCUCGUGGAUGUAAAGUCUAAGUCAAUCUAUUCUGGUGGCAAUUUUCAGGCAGUCUCGAUAACUUCAGCCAUGGAGAAAACAAGGCAGUGCUUGCAGAUGUUUGGCAGACUUAUUUUCUCCCAAGCGACGGAAAUGAUUGAUCCCAGUAUCAAUAACGGCCUUCCCACUAAUCUCGUCGCCGAUGAUCCAAGCUUAUCAUUUACCAUGAAAGGGGUGGAUAUCAGCAUGGCUUCAUACAUGGCCGAGCUGGGCUAUUUGUCGAAUCCCGUGAGCUCGCAUGUCCAGUCAGCGGAGAUGCGCAACCAAGCUAUAAACUCCAUGGCGUUGGUAUCAGCUCGGUACAGUAUGCAAGCCGUGGAAGUGCUGUCCCUGAUGUGCGCUUGCGACGUGUAUAUCUGCUGUCAAGCUCUUGACCUCCGCGUCCUUCAUAAUACUUUCUUGGAGAAAGCGAUACCCCAGCUGCACUCUGUUACAGAGAGAGUUCUGUCGCCGUUUCUGCCCCAGCCAGCGCUUGAGGACUUGAACAGAUCUCUUGACCAGCAUCUGACCCAGACCUGGCCGAUGACGAAUCGCCUCAGUCCUGCUGAUCGAGUGCACACGGUAAUUGAGAAAGCCAUACCUGUUCUCCUGGAAAACCUCAAAAGCCACCGUGGUCCCAGCUUGGGCGACUUGGAAACGUGGAAAUCACAGGCACGCAACUUACUCAACGUUGUAUACCAGGAAAUUGCCGAGUCAUUCUUCGUGAAACCACACACCGCUGAUUACCUCGGCGAGGGGGCUAAGGCCUUAUAUGUGAUGGUCCGACAAGAACUUGGUAUCCCGUUUCACCAGGGCUUCAUUGAACAUCCUACUGUUGAAAACGAAAUCUUGAACGGCCGUCCUAAGAAAACAACUGGAUCGUGGAUAUCGAUCAUAUACGAGGCGAUUCGUGACAGCCGCCUUAUGGGCCCACUAAUACAAGCUCUUACACCUACAGACAGCUAA